GGAAAAAAGAUUAUCCGACCAACUGCUGGACGAGAGCAAGUUUGUCCGGGAAGAAGAGUAAUAUUCUCCGUAAAGGAAGUGGAGUAUACUCGAAUACUCUUGUCAAGAAGAAUAUUCUGACACAGCUGGUCAAGAAUACCUACUUACAGCUGGACAAGAAGAUUAUCGAGAAAUACUUGACAAGAAGAGCGUCCUGCUGGUCAAGAGGAGUAUCCGGGAUACUGGAUACUGUCGGGCAAUAG